AAAAAAAAAAAAAAGGGGGGGGGGACGAGAUUUCGCGUUUCUUCUCCACAUUUUAAGCACGUUUUUCCGGCCAAGAGGCUUGCAUAGGUCCGCUCGGGUUCAGUAUUUGCGUCGCAUGUUGAAGGAAGUCGCGGAGUUUGAUUGCCUUUCGCCGGAGGAAGUGUUGCGGUCUUUGUUCAUUCAUUUCAUUGCUUGCGUUCCUUUGUUGGACCACCAAAAGAAGCAUGGGUGCACAAAUCUCCAAAGGAAAGGAGGAAGCUGCGGUGGAGAAGCCCAGCGAGGGUGCAGCGGUUGCGGCCAAGACUAAUGGACAGGAGAAUGGCCACGCCAAGACCAACGGUGAUGCUUCCCCGGCUGCGGAGGAGGCCAACAAGGUUGAAGCUAACGGGAGCACACCCACCGAGGAGGCACCUAAGGAGGAUGGCGAUAAGGCAGAGGAGGCCGAGAAGGAGCCUGCUGCCACCGCCGCCGCUGCAAACGGAGAAGCCAAACCGGAGGAUGCCGCUGCUGCCGGUGAGGACCCUAAGCAGAAGAAGAAGCGCUUCUCCUUCAAGAAGCCUUCCUUCAAGAUGAGCGGCUUCUCCUUCAAGAAGACCAAGAAGGAGUCGGAGGAGGCUGCAGAGGAGGGAGCUGCCACCGCCGCUACUGCAGAGAAGGCGGAAGGUGCAGCAACCGAGGAGGUCGCCGCUAGCAGCGAGGAGGCCAAACCUGCAGAGCCCGCCGCUGCCGGAGAGGAGGCUCCUGCACCCAAGGAGCCUAAAGCUGAAGAGGAGGUGAAGCCAGUGGAGGAGGCAGCACCAGCAGGAGGUGAGGAGAAACCAGCCGAGGCGUCCUCACCAGCUGAGCCAGAGGCCGCCGCUGCCGCCAGUGUGGAGGCACCUGCCGCCGCCACAGAGUAAUCCUGCUGAAGGGAGGAGACCACGUCAUGAAGGAGGCCAUUGGAGCCCAUCUGAAGGAAUGCGAGGACUUGUCUGAAACCAGGGAUUUGUUUUUUCUUUUGUUUACUUUUUUUGCAUCUCAUCCACUGCAAAGCGGGUGGCGUGGCAGGAGUAAGUGGGGGUGCGUCCUCCCCUCUGCUCUUUGCUCCCGCCUGCUUGGGUUUGUUGGGUGAGCGUGAAAGUGCGAGCGUGAGUGUGAAUGUUUUUCUUGUUUUUCUACAUGAAAUCAUGACUGUGUUGAUGCUGACAUAUUUAAUUGAAGUAUUUGGUGCUGGGCUAAUUGGAUGUAGCAACUAAAGCUGUGUCUGCAACAUUCCACACACGGCGGUGAUUUUUUUUUUUUUUUUUUUAAAUAAAGGGAAAGCCCUCAGCCAAGUCUUUAAAAAAAAAAAAUCGUCUUUGCAGUGCACAGUUUACAACUGGACGCCCCUGUGGACACAAGCAUUCCUGAAGGAACUAGAUUUAUAGUAGUUACUGGUCCCAUUUACUAUAGGUGCUCGUCACUCCCCCUCCCCAUCUAUUUAGUCCGACAUUUCAAAAGUUUCAGUAGUAAUGCACGUUGUAUAGACUUUGAUAUUACUGGUUUUAUGACUGAACUGUACCUAAAUGACAUUUUUAACAGAUAAAACAAAAACCCAUUGUAAAUGACUUGUUUUUUUCCUCCACCAUUUGUAAGACUGAAUAAAAUUGGGAAGAUGUUUUAAACAAAAGCUGUGAUGACUACAACACUUCAUCUCUAGACAAGCCAGUACAUUUUUUUUUUUUUAGAUUUAGACUUGUUUUUCUUUCUGUACAUAACAAACGACGUCACUUGGAUAUGAAUGUAACAUUGGCUACAACAUGGUAUUGAGGUGUUUUCAAGUUUGUGAGCACUGAAGAAUAAAAGGAAAGUGUGAA